AUGUUUGCGUUACAGGACUGGCGGGGUCUUGCUAAAGGUGAACAUUUGUCAGGGGAGCAGGAAAUGAUCACUCUGAGGGGAAACUACAACUCUAAGAAUCAUAGAGGAGGACAAGAAAACGCGUUCAACGGUUUCUUCCUCGCUCGAAACAGUAAUGUUCCUGAUUCAGGGGACGACAAGGAGCACAGACAGAGGACACAGUCCGGGGACCUGGUACAGGACGACAAGGAGCACAGACAGAGGACACAGUCGGGGGACCUGGUACUGGACGACAAGGAGCACAGACAGAGGGCACAGUCCGGGGACCUGGUACAGGACGACAAGGAGCACAGACAGAGGACACAGUCCGGGGACCUGGUACAGGACGACAAGGAGCGCAGACAGAGGGCACAGUUCGGGGACCUGGUACAGGACGACAAGGAGCGCAGACAGAGGACACAGUCCGGGGACCUGGUACAGGACGACAAGGAGCGCAGACAGAGGGCACAGUCCGGGGACCUGGUACAGGACGACAAGGAGCGCAGACAGAGGACACAGUCCGGGGACCUGGUACAGGACGACAAGGAGCACAGACAGAGGACACAGUCCGGGGACCUGGUACAGGACGACAAGGAGCACAGACAGAGAACACAGUCGGGGAAUGUAGUGCUGGACGACAAGGAGCACAGACAGAGGACACAGUCCGGGGACCUGGACGACAAGGAGCACAGACAGAGGACACAGUCCGGGGACCUGGUACAGGACGACAAGGAGCACAGACAGAGGGCACAGCCCGGGGACCUGGUACAGGACGACAAGGAGCACAGACAGAGGGCACAGUCCGGGGACCUGGUACAGGACGACAAGGAGCACAGACAGAGGACACAGUCCGGGGACCUGGUACAGGACGACAAGGAGCACAGACAGAGGACACAGUCGGGGAAUGUAGUGCUGGACGACAAGGAGCACAGACAGAGGACACAGUCGGGGAAUGUAGUGCUGGACGACAAGGAGCACAGACAGAGGACACAGUCCGACGACAAGGAGCACAGACAGAGGACACAGUCCGGGGACCUGGUACAGGACGACAAGGAGCGCAGACAGAGGGCACAGUCCGGGGACCUGGUACAGGACGACAAGGAGCACAGACAGAGGACACAGUCCGGGGACCUGGACGACAAGGAGCGCAGACAGAGGGCACAGUCCGGGGACCUGGUACAGGACGACAAGGAGCGCAGACAGAGGGCACAGUCCGGGGACCUGGUACAGGACGACAAGGAGCACAGACAGAGGACACAGUCCGGGGACCUGGACGACAAGGAGCACAGACAGAGGACACAGUCGGGGGACCUGGUACAGGACGACAAGGAGCACAGACAGAGGACACAGUCGGAGGAUGUAGUGCUGGACGACAAGGAGCACAGACAGAGGACACAGUCGGGGGACCUGGUACAGGACGACAAGGAGCACAGACAGAGGACACAGUCGGGGAAUGUAGUGCUGGACGACAAGGAGCACAGACAGAGGACACAGUCCGUCAGUCCGGGGACCUGGUACAGGACGACAAGGAGCACAGACAGAGGACACAGUCCGGGGACCUGGUACAGGACGACAAGGAGCACAGACGGAGGACACAGACGACAAGGAGCACAGACAGAGGACACAGUCGGGGGACCUGGUACAGGACGACAAGGAGCACAGACAGAGGACACAGUCGGAGGAUGUAGUGCUGGACGACAAGGAGCACAGACAGAGGACACAGUCGGGGGACCUGGUACAGGACGACAAGGAGCACAGACAGAGGACACAGUCGGGGAAUGUAGUGCUGGACGACAAGGAGCACAGACAGAGGACACAGUCCGUCAGUCCGGGGACCUGGUACAGGACGACAAGGAGCACAGACAGAGGACACAGUCCGGGGACCUGGUACAGGACGACAAGGAGCACAGACAGAGGACACAGUCGGAGGAUGUAGUGCUGGACGACAAGGAGCACAGACAGAGGACACAGUCCGGGGACCUGGACGACAAGGAGCACAGACAGAGGACACAGUCCGGGGACCUGGUACAGGACGACAAGGAGCGCAGACAGAGGGCACAGUCCGGGGACCUGGUACAGGACGACAAGGAGCACAGACAGAGGGCACAGUCCGGGGACCUGGACGACAAGGAGCACAGACAGAGGACACAGUCCGGGGACCUGGUACAGGACGACAAGGAGCGCAGACAGAGGGCACAGUCCGGGGACCUGGUACUGGACGACAAGGAGCGCAGACAGAGGGCACAGUCCGGGGACCUGGUACAGGACGACAAGGAGCACAGACAGAGGACACAGUCCGGGGACCUGGACGACAAGGAGCACAGACAGAGGGGACAGUCCGGGGACCUGGUACAGGACGACAAGGAGCACAGACAGAGGGCACAGUCCGGGGAAUGUAGUGCUGGACGACAAGGAGCACAGACAGAGGGCACAGUCCGGGGGAUGUAG